AUGAAAGUUUAAAUAGAAAAUGUCUUUUUUAACUUAGAUCCUAGAUUCAAAGAUCAUUCUUAAUUAUUGAAUCAAUUAUAUGAUCUAUAAUCUUAAGAAGUAUUUUCUAUUAAUAAUAGCCAAUUUAAUUACAAAGUUAAUAUAUUAAUCUAGAAAUAUGGAAGAUUAUUGAAAGCUAUUAUGUUGUGAAUAAUUUUAAACCUGCUAAAAUAGAAGUGAAUUGUAUUAGAUUUGAUAUAUUAAAUCAAAGGUGAUGAUGAAAAUAUAGUAUUUACACCUCAAGAUUUAGAAAUAUUAAGAAUGAUAAAAAAAUCAAAUAUAUCAAUUCAUAAAUAUUUUUUGGCAGCAAGAUAUUUAAAUUUACCUUCAUUUUAGGGUGAAAUUAAAUUGAUAUUAUUAGAUUUAUUACUGAGUAAAUUAGCAACAGAAUUUUAUGUUGAUAUUACUAAACCAAAAUAAUCUCUUGAAAAUUUAUGUAAGAAAUAUCCUCAAGUUCCUGUAGUGACAAAAGAUGAAAUCAAAUAAUAUAAUUAGAUAUUAUAGCACUUAAUUUGA